AGACCCAUGUCCCAAGGACAGAGCAGGGGCCAGGCUCACUGUGGUGGGAUAUUCAUGUUCCCCAGAGGUGUUGGGCAACAUGUCCUGAACACCCACAUCGAGGGGUGCCCACAAGGCCCAUUGGGCUCCAUGGGACCCUGCCCCCCUCCAUCCUCCAUCUCCCACCAAAGAGCAGCAGCCUUUUUCUCUGCUGACCCCUCCUCGAUGGAGCGGGGAGAGGCUGAGCUGUCAGGAAGGCUGGGCAGAGAGGAGUUAACUCCAAACCCAACCUCAGGGCGAGGGAUUAAAAAAAACCAACAGAGAUCAGUGGAUCAGUAGCAAGAGAGGAGGGAGGGAAAAGGGGGAGACAGCAAGAGAGAGCAGAGUAGCUCCAGGAGAGAGCUGUGUGUGGGAGCCAGGAGAAGAGAGGGCAGAGCUGGUAGCAGGCAGGGGGAGGCAGCAAAGCACCAGGCAGGGGUGACGGCGCUGCCCAGACAAACUCUUCGGUGACCCGCAUCCUUCUCGCUGCUGCUGCCCAGGCUGGACCAGAGGUCUCCCACAAGCGAGCAGCAAAGCUGCAGGCCCUUCCUUGCUGAGGUCCCUGCAGUCAGAUGGGGAGAUGCCGGGAGGCUGGAACACCUCCUCUGACAGUCUGGAGCUGCGAGCUGCUGGGAUUAUCGUGCCCAUCAUCUUCUCCCUCAUCUUCCUCCUGGGCACUGUGGGGAAUGGGCUGGUGCUGGCUGUGUUGCUGCGGAACGGCCAAGUCAAGUACAAUACCACCAACCUCUUCAUCCUUAACCUGGCCAUAGCCGACCUGUGCUUCAUCAUCUGCUGUGUCCCCUUCCAGGCUACCAUUUACACCCUGGAUGGGUGGCUCUUUGGGGCCUUUGCCUGCAAGGCUGUGCAUUUCCUGAUCUACCUCACCAUGUAUGCCAGCAGCUUCACCCUGGCCGCCGUUUCUGUUGACAGGUACCUGGCCAUUCGCUACCCUCUGAAGUCCCGGGAUCUCCGUACCUCCCGAAAUGCAGGAGUGGCUAUUGCAGCAAUCUGGUCACUGUCGCUGCUCUUCGCAGGGCCUUACCUCAGUUACUACCAGAUUGUCCAUUACCACAAGGUGCCCAUCUGUGUCCCUGUCUGGGAGGACCAGCGACGAAAGAUUCUGGACAUCCUUACAUUUGUCUUUGGAUACCUUCUGCCUGUGACUGUGGUGAGCCUGGCAUACGCCAGGACCAUCAAAUUUCUGUGGACCUCUGUAGACCCCAUAGAAAGGAUCUCAGAGUCCCGGAAGGCCAAGCGCAAGGUCACCAAGAUGAUUGUGGCUGUGGCCAUCCUCUUCUGCCUCUGCUGGCUGCCCCACCACCUGGUCAUCCUGUGCUUCUGGUUUGGCCACUUCCCCUUCAACCGAGCCACUUAUGCUUGCCGCCUGGCUUCCCACUGCCUUUCAUAUGCCAACUCCUGCCUCAACCCCAUUGUCUAUGCCCUCAUCUCCAAGCAUUUCCGCAAGCGUUUCAAGCAGGUCUUCACCUGCCUCUUCUUCCAGAACAAGACAAGGAAGAAGAAGAGAGUUGGAAAGAAAGUCCAUGUGGUCAAUGUGGGCAAAAGUUUCACCAACAGCACCAGAGGUUUCUAUGGAGGCAACACUGAGGUGACCCAGGUCCCAGAGCAGAACACCAGGAAGAGGGACCCUGAAGGUACCAGUCAUGAUGCCAGAGCAUGGACUCACCAGCUACAAGAUGCUACGGUCUCUGUGCUGAAGGAGCUGCUGGAGGAGGAAAGUUUGGCAACAGGUGGCCAUCCCCUAGCCAUGACCCCUGCAAGAGGAACUGAGGAGUUUCUGACUGUUCAUUACAGAUAAGCAAAGUGAAGAAGCCUGUUUUCCAGCCUGUGAAGAUUGGAAAGGCUUGUGUGCUGACACCUCUGCGUCCCUCCCCUCUGUACCUGUGGCUUCUCUGAAGUUCAAGGAGGAAAGGACCAUCCGUCCAGUCUCUUCCCUCCACCCUGCCUUACCAGAAGUACUAACUGGAGGAUAUUUCCUAGAGCUCUGUCCCACCUGGCUUUAGCUCUUGCAAGCAGAUCCUGCAGGACACCAUCCCACUUGCUAAUGCCACUUGCAGUUCAGAAAUAUUUCCUGAUAUUCCCAUUCUUCUUAAACAAACCUGGUAACUCCUCCACCACGUUGUUCCACUUGAUUCACUCCUCUGCUUACUUUCUUGUUGCCUUUUGCAAAUUCCUGAUGGAUCGCUGCUUCCUCUUUGAUCUUUGCUUUGUACUCAGAGUUUCAUCCCUUCCUUCUGGGGCUGAAGGGCCUGUUGGUCUCAGGGCAGUGACAUUACUCAUUGGUAUUAGCCCCAUGUGUGUGGUUUACUGGCUCGGCCUCACAGUUUUUUUCCAUGUGAUGGUGGUGAUUGUGCAUGAAUUGAUGGCUGUCACCAAAGCAGAAGAAAGAGGCUAAGCUGCAAAAUGAGCCGUGGAGCCGGGUGACAGUUGUAGUGAGGCAAAGGAGAAAGAGACCCAUGUGUACUUAGUUCAAUCCUAUCUCCUCAGUGACCCUUUCUACCUAAUGGAGAGGGUUUCUAGGAGAGCAUGAGGCUCAGCAGGUUGGGACAUCUUCCAAGACAGCCAUUGCUGUGAGACCCAUGUCUACCUUGGAGCAAAACUUUCUCCUGCUCUGUCCCCUGCUGGCCCAAGCAGCCGUGAAGGAGCCUUUGGCUGUGGUAGCAGCUCAACGACACCUUGCAGCAGGGCCAAGCAUCCCCCUGGCCUGACCGUGGGAAGGAUGGGAAGUGCCAUGGGGAUGGCGUGGUGGGACAAAUAUGUUCACUGGAAGGUGCUGGAAUGUCUUCCCUGUUUGACCUGA